AUGCGUUCGUUAUUCCUUCGAAUCCACGACGCAGUCGUCGAACAUGACAAGUACUUCGUCCAAAAGAGGAAUGGUGCUGGACAGUUAGGACUAUCUAGUCUUCAAAAGAUUACUGCAGCUAUGCGGAUGCUCGUAUAUGGAGCAUCCGCUGACUCCGUUGACGACUAUGUUCGGAUCGGUAAAAGUACGUCGUUUGAGAGCGUGAAGAGGUUCGUUCGAUCGAUUAUCAACAUCUUUGGAGAGGAAUACCUUCGUUCACCGACUAAUGAAGACGUUGCACGCCUGCUCGAGGAAGGUUCACAACGAGGUUUUCCUGGUAUGCUUGGGAGCAUCGACUACAUGCACUGGACAUGGAAGAACUGUCCAACUGCUUGGCAAAGUAUGUAUACUGGAUAUUUUCAUGAACCUACAAUUAUUUUAGAGGCCGUAGCUAGCAAAGAUCUUUGGAUAUGGCAUGCUUUCUUUGGACUGCUGGGGUCUCACAAUGACCUUAAUGUUCUACAUCGUUCACCGGUUUUCGCACAACUUGCGGAGGGAAGAGCUUCACCGUGCAACUAUACUGUCAAUGGUCACGAGUAUAAUAUGGGAUACUAUCUCGCCAACGGGACUUACCGAGAGUGGUCCGCAUUAGUGAAGACUAUUCCAGCACCUCGAGUAAACAAGCAUAAGUACUUUGCUCAACAACAAGAAGCGCAAGAAAAGAUGUUGAGCGAGCUUUUGGCGUGUUGCAAGCUCGAUUUGCGAUUGUUCGUGGAUCAGGAUGUUUCUGGCAACCUUGUGUACUGA